UUCCCUUUCAAGUUCUAUCACAAAAACAAACUAGCUAGGGUACCUCACACAACACACCCAUAUGUAAAAUUAUACCACACUCAUCUUACUCUGCUUCACCAUGAUCAACUUCUUCUUGCUUACCAACUUGCAUGAGAGAGAGAGAGAGAGAGAGAGAGGUGGCAAUUAAUCUCAUGUUCCUGUUCAUCUUUCUAACUAGAAGAGUGAACAAAGAGUGAAGUAAGAAAGAUUAACAUAUACACAAAGGCAACAAGAUUAUCAAGAUUCCAAUCAAAUCAAUUACAAACAUGAAUAGGCUUGAAAACAUAGCAGAGGAAGAGGUUCAAGUGAGCUGGCUUCCUGCGGCGGCGACAUGUCCACCGCCAGAAACGCCGACGGAGUCGAUGGAGUUCCUGGCUAGGUCAUGGAGUCUGUCAGCCAUGGAACUCUCUAAAGCUCUUUCUCAUACUUGUAUACGAUUGGUCUCUAAUCAUCAUCAUCCAGCAGAGAAGUCACCACCACCACCACCACCACCUGUGAGUUCUGUUGGUGCUGUUGAUGAUCAACCACACCUCCUAAUCUCCACAGCUCCAAAGGAACCUCAACUUCAACCUUUACCAAGUGCAGAUAGCCCUCCAACAUCUCCAAGAGGAAGUGAUGACACUAAGGAAUUGUUCCUACUCCAUCAAGCUCUCAACCCAGAUUUCCUCACUAGUCAGCAGCUGCUAAAAAAUGGGCUAUACAGGAACAUCAUGAGGGGAAGAAAAGUGGGAAGAUGGCUGAAAGAUCAAAAGGAGAGGAAGAAGCAGGAGCUUAGAACCCACAAUGCUCAACUUCACGCAGCUGUGUCUGUGGCUGGUGUUGCUGCUGCCGUGGCAGCUCUUGCAGCCUCGUCAGUGACGUCCCCUGAAAAGCCAACUGCCCGACAUAAGGCACCUUCCAAAACAUCUACUGCAAUGGCAUCUGCAGCUGCUCUGGUAGCAUCGCAUUGUAUUGAGAUUGCAGAGGAAAUGGGAGCUGAGCAUGACCAGAUCUUGGCAGUUGUUGGUUCUGCGAUCAAUGCAAGGAAUAACGGCGAUAUCAUGGCCCUAACUGCUGGAGCAGCUACAGCCUUGAGAGGGGCUGCCACACUGAAGGCAAGGCUGGAAAAGGGGUAUGGAGCUACAAGUAUAUCCCUGACUGACGAACAGGUUGAAGAAGCAAAUGUCUCAAUAGCAUUGAACUUUGUUUCUAAAGGGGGCGAGCUUCUUAAACGCACCAGGAAAGGAGCUCUCCACUGGAAGCAAGUUUCUAUCAACAUAAAUUCAAAUUGGCAGGUGGUAGCUAAAAUGAAAAGCAAGCACAUGGCGGGAACAUUCACAAAGAAAAAGAAGUGUAUAGUCUCUGGAGUCUUUUGUGACAUCCCAGCAUGGACCGGAAGAGAGUGGGAGGACAGCAAUGAGCAGAGGGCUUAUUUUGGGAUAAAAACUGGUGACAGGAUAAUUGAAUUUGAGUGCAGAAAUAAAGCUGACAAACAAUUGUGGGCCGAGGGGAUCCAGUAUAUGUUGAAUUGCCGAGCCAACAUUAUAUGAUUUUGAGAUAAGAAGGAUAUAGCCAACUUCUAAACUGGCAUAAAUCUAGAUUCUGAUCUUUCCAAACGAAAUUAACAUGGAAUGUGUACCUCAUACUUCAAAAACUGGUAUUAGUGAAAGGAAAAAAGAAAACCAC